AUGCCGAAAGAUAGUCAUCUCCUGAGCCCGAUGAGUCGGGCGCUGCUACGCGCGGCUCGUGCAGGGUGCAUAUACAUCCGCCAAGUUUCGAAGGACAUUGACGAUGAGGAAAAGGAGACUACGGACCCGGAGGAACAGCAAACCCAGCAAAACAUGGAGCGUAAUUUCUCCUUGCGCAAGUGGACGACGGUCCCUAAGCACUUGGAGGCCCCAGAAGUGGAAUUUCUAGCAAAGAGAAGACCGGGCUUGCCGUCACUGUAUGGUGCUGCAGCUGGGACGGUCGAUGGUGCUGGCUCAGUCCCAAUGAGGAAGACUCGCUUCAAGAAAGUUGACCCCGACACGGGUAAUAUUCUAAUCUAUGCGGCCUGGGUUCCUGAAGGACACAAGAUCGAAGGAGAAAUUACUGGCGAUAGUCAAGUAACCGCGGAGAGCAACCAAGUUACUGUUACUCCUCAAGCUCCCGCCCCAGGUACAGUCAUUGAGGGGGUUGGCGUUGUCGAUGCGCAGGGGGUAGUAGUUGCAGCAGCAGAUUCACCAGCCGUUAUUACUCCACAAAAACGACGGCCGCCGCCUCCCAAGCGUAAGGGUAAAGGUUUGAAAGGAAGGAGGAAGAAGGUCAUGUUUGCUCCGGGCGAAGGCGCAGACGCAGCGCUUGUUCAUGGAGCCGGCGCUGGCGACAGCGCUGCGAACUAUGGCAAGGAAACGGAUUCCUCGCGUAUGUCUGUAGAUCAGACAACACAGGAUGAGGAGGAUGAGGAGGGUGAUGAGGGUGAGGAGAGCGAUGAUGGAGAGGGAGACGAGUCUGGCUUUGAUGCGAAAACCCCGGAGACACCUGGACCACAGCCCAGCACGGAACCUGAGCUGACACCUAUUUCUGCCUCAGCCAAGACAGGAACGACUGCUGAUUCGCACGCACCGCAAGUAUCGCAGGCGUCGGAGCCAGAUACAGAACCUUCACAAGCAUCAGCACAACAAGCUGCGUCAUUACAGCCCUCUGGCCAUGUGCCAGUCGCACCGAUCAGUAUGACUGAUUCUUCUCGUCUGGAUCAAGAUACUCAAGUAACAUCUACAGAACGUUUGUCAGAGGACGUUCAUAUGGCGGACGCCACGACCGCCGAGACUACCUUACGCGCUUCUCCGAAACCAUCUUUAGAAACCCAACUGCAGCCAGCACCAGGAGUUGCUCAACCCCUGAGUCCAGAGAAGGCGCCAUCAGCGCAGCAGCAAACUUCACAGGCUCCGGUUUUAGAAGCAUCAGGAAUUGGAGUUGAGAACGCUCAGCCCCCAGCUACCGAACAAACAGACGUGACCAUGGAGGAAGCGCGUGAAUCAGUUCCUGAACCUUCGGAAGCCAUGCCUGAAAACACGAAUCUUCAAACAGUCGCUCCGGAAUCUUCAUUACCUGGUCAAGCCUCAGCAAACGAAUCCACCCCUCCAGAGGCAGAUCAACAGCCGAGCGGAAGCGAAUUCAAUCUCUUGGACAACUUAGAGGCGAGCCUAAACAAUCCCCGUCAGGAAACCCUAAGCGACGUGCAGAAGGGAGCUAUUUCAGAACAAAAGACAGGGGUUCUGCCUAGCCAAGAAACUAUAACAGCACCUGGAGAGGCUGCUUCUGGGCCAACGGAGACAUCAACGGAAGCCGAGACCACGAGAAGCGCAGAGACAAAGGAGUUAUCUCGCGAAGACCCUGUGGCGCCACCUGUCGAGCAACUGACGCCGCCAGGAGCAGACCAAAUCACCCCGCUGGAAACCUCAGAACAGAAGCCGCAGCAAGCACCUCCCACCAUUGAGCAAUACCAACCGGAGAAAUUGGCAGGGACCCCCACACAUCCAGAGCCCGGUCCAGCGACCCCAGCCUUUAAUGUUGCACCAGAAGGACAGGCAGAAAGACCACCAGUGCUGGUCCCAGUUCCGGCAGAGGCCACGACGUCAGCUGAAGCAAUCGCAAAGCCACAGUCACCCACUGUUGAGGGACACUCGCCUCAACACUCGACUGAACCUGCGGUGGAGAAAAAACAGGAACAGCAAACGAGUACUACACCAAGUCCUACUGAGCCUGCUACGACAUCUGCGGCAGAACAACCACAACCACAGGCUACCGCCCAACAUACUCCCAAGGAACUCUCAAGGCCACAAACUGAAACGUCUCCCGCCUCUAAUGUUGAGCCUGGAGAAGGAUCACAAGGCGAAGCUACUCAAGCACAAAUGAACGGCGAACACGGGACGUCUGGCGAUGGACCCUCACCGAACGGCGAACGGCAGACUGAGUGA